AAAACCCUAGCCCUAAACUCUUUUAAAACUCCUUUUUUUUUCACGCAGUUGCUUCUUCGUCACUCUGCUACAGCCGCCGCUGCUUUCAACCUCCGUCCCUUUGCCAUGGCAUCAGAGAAGAAGCUGUCGAACCCAAUGAGGGAGAUUAAAGUUCAAAAGCUCGUCCUCAAUAUAUCCGUCGGUGAAAGCGGUGAUCGUCUAACCCGUGCCGCCAAGGUCUUAGAACAACUCAGUGGUCAAACCCCCGUCUUCUCCAAGGCUAGGUACACUGUGAGAUCUUUCGGAAUCAGGCGUAAUGAGAAGAUUGCUUGCUACGUGACGGUGAGGGGAGAGAAGGCUAUGCAGCUUCUCGAGAGUGGUUUGAAGGUUAAGGAAUAUGAGCUUUUGAGGAGGAACUUCAGUGAUACUGGCUGCUUUGGAUUCGGCAUCCAGGAGCACAUUGAUCUCGGUAUCAAGUAUGACCCUUCGACUGGUAUCUAUGGUAUGGACUUCUAUGUUGUUCUUGAACGAGCUGGGUACCGUGUUGGCCGUCGCCGCAGGUGCAAGUCACGUGUUGGUAUUCAGCACAGAGUUACCAAGGAGGAUGCAAUGAAGUGGUUCCAGGUAAAAUAUGAAGGUGUCAUCCUUAACAAGUCCCAAAAUAUUUCUUAGAAAUAGCAGAUACUGUAUCGGUCUGAUGGGGUUUUGAGUUUUAAGUAACUGAUUUUGGCUGCUUACGUCCACCAGCUAUUAUUUUCUUGAACAGAAUUAUUUAGGUGUUAUUUUGGGAUCGUAUGUACUUUUUCUGUUGGUUUAGUUUAUUUUACUGAUAUAACAUACAAUCGGUAAAAUGUUAUCUAUUCAAGUAUUUUGUU